AAUACCGUAGUUACCAUAGGAAAGUCCUUUUUAUCGCAUUUAAAUGCUACAUAGAAAAAGGUGCAUUCUAUUUCUUAUACCUCUGAAAUAUUGUUAGGUAUCUAAAAAUGAAAGUGGCGUCUACCAAUAUAGGUACCUAUUAUUACCUUAUUAUCAUAUUAUCGAAAUACCAAAUAAUGCAGAUGCCCGUUAUCUAAAGAUAAAUAAUUACUUUUUAAUUAUACUUUUGGUUCAUUACAUAACGUAUUAUCUACCCGGUAUUUAUCAGUUACUCACUUAAACUCGUCCAAGAAGCUCGUUUUAAUGGCUCCUAUACUUAUAUCUAUAGUUUUGGUAUUAUUAAUAUGGUUCCUAGUCAAGAAGAACCCUAAACCAUUGCUAGGAGUAUACUCUCAACCUGGAAAAUGGUAUUACCUGAAAUAUGUGGUAUUUGCCUGCAUCUACUAUUAUAGAAAGUAUUCUAGAAAAAAUUCUGCAGCGGGUGCCGAUGGCAGCGCCGGUCAGGGAGUUAAGGCGAUCGUGAACCCAGCUGAUAUGGACCGUCCGCAGCCACUAAGCGAUGAUCCUAAGGCAUUCGACGCAGUUUUCUUCAUCUCAGCAACGGAACAACAGGACGAUAAAGGAGCCUACGUGAUCGCGGGCUGCGAGAGACGAGCGAUGGGCAUGUGUAAUGGACUGUUCUAUAUCGGUCUCCCAGGCAAAGGUCUGCUCUGCAGCAAGAAGAUUCCCGACACUGUGUUAUUUGGGGCACAAAUCGGCGAGUUCGGUGCUGAAGGUCUCAAGAUCACCCCCGUGGAACCCAUGAAGACCUGGACUGUGGCUUACAAGGGGCAAAUGUGGUACCAGAACAACCCCGACAAACUCGUCGACGUAGAAUUCUCCGGCGAGUGGACGGCAUCAGGGAAAUACUUCGACUACGACACCGACCUCCACCCCCCGGCCAUCAUCAGGUCCAUCGCCAGGGAACCCUGGACGAGGAAGUACUUUGAGGGGCUGAGGACAGCUCAUCAGUCCCACUACGAACAGUUUGGCAACAUGAAGUGCAAGUUCACCAUAGACAACGAAGACUUCCAGUUGACUCUACCUGCGUUUAGAGACCACAGUUUUGGUAACCGUCGCGACUGGAGCCUGAUGCACCGGUACAUCUUCCACCACAUCUUCCUUCAGAACGGCGUCAACAUCAGCGUCGGACUCAUCUGCCAACCUUCAACUGCUUCUAGGAUGGAAGCUGGAGUUGUGAAGCUGCCAAGCGGUGAGAUGGUGCCGGUUGAAUGGCUGGAGAUGGAGCUGUACCAGCUCGGAGAAGGUGGAACCCCACCUAAAGACUACGCCUUCAGGAUGAAAGCUGGUGACGAGGUGUAUACUGUCCAGGUGCUAGUAGAAUACGAGUCCAUCCACUACGUAUCAGACGAAUGGGAGGCGCGUAUGGUGGAACGCUUCUGCAAGUUCAUAGUCAACGGUGUACCUGGGAGGGGUGUCAACGAGUUCCACUAUCGGCACACGGAUGGAAGACCAGAGAGUGCUGCGAAAAAUGACCCGGAGUGGUACAGGAAAAUGUGCCAUAAGAUCUGAGUCGUAGCGUAAAGUUUAAUAAAGCUUGAUUACGAAUAAAUAAU